AAAGACUAUAGCCUGUCCUCUAAGAACGAAGAAAAAAAUAUUGACACUUGACAGCAGAGAUCGAGAUAUUUUGACAAUCCGUCAGUCAGGGAUUUGUUUAGUUUGUUUUCUUUAUUUUUAUUUCGUCUUCAGAGUAAGAAGUGUAACUAUUCUUAAAUCAUUCGAAGACAAUAGUUAUUUACACUUGUGUUAAUUACGAAAAUAGUUUUGGCUAAGAUGCAGGCGGAAGAAAAACGUACGAAGCAAGUCGAUUUGACUUCUUUAGAACCUGCAGUACGGGUAAAACAACUGGCAAACUACGGUACUCUGGUAGAAGUGGACCAGAAUGUGCCGCCGAGAAGGUACUACCGAUCAGGCUUAGAAAUGGUGCGGAUGGCGAAUGUGUACUUGGCUGAAGGGAGUCUUGAGAAUGCUUACAUCUUGUAUAUGAAGUUCAUGACUUUGUUCUUGGAGAAGAUCCGUAAACAUCCCGAGUAUGCAUCAGUCCCAGCACAAGUGAAGGCAGUGAACCAAGCCAAGUUGAAAGAGGUGAUGCCAAAGGCAGAGAAACUAAAGCAGAAACUGUUGGAUCAGUAUGCUAAAGAACAUGCUUUGUAUAAGGAAAAUGAGGAGAAGAGGCGUAUAGCUGAAGAAGAAAGGAGGAAACAGGAGAUAGAAGAUGCCAAACUGGCAGAACGCCUACAGGCAGAUGAGGACAAGAAAGAUGCUAAUACAACACCACAUCUUUUACAUGCAGACCAGUGGGCGGUGUCGCCGUCGGCGCCGGCGGUGUCGGGCGUCCGGUACCCGGACGACUUCGCGGCCGAGCCGCCGCGCGCGCCGCCGCAGCACUACCAGCCCGCGCCGCCGCUCAUACCGCCCUCCAGGCCGCACAGUGAAAACAUCAGUGAUGUGAUGCCAUCGUUGUACGGGGCGCAUAGACUCCGAACUGUGGUGGUGCCCGCGGCUGUACUCGGAAAGUUCCUCCGCCUCGCGGCCGACAACACCGCGAGAAACAUCGAGACCUGUGGCAUACUCGCUGGGAUACUCGAGCGAGACCAGUUGAAGGUGACGCACGUGGUGGUGCCCAAGCAGAGCGGCACGCCCGACUCCUGCAGCACCAACAACGAGGAGGACAUCUUCCACUACCAGGACCAGCACAACCUCAUCACGCUCGGCUGGAUACAUACACAUCCCACUCAGACGGCGUUCUUGUCGUCAGUGGAUCUCCACACCCAGUGUUCGUAUCAGUUGAUGAUGCCCGAGGCGAUCGCGAUAGUCUGCGCACCUAAAUACAACGAGACCGGUUACUUCGCGCUGACGCCCGACUACGGCAUGCAGUUCAUCGCAAACUGCCGGCAGACUGGGUUCCAUCCACAUCCCAACGACCCGCCGCUAUUCCACAACGUAGCUCACAUCCGCGUGGACGACACAGCACCGAUAGAGAUGGUGGACCUCAGGAGAUGAACGUUCAUCUCUACGUUCAAACACCUCACCCGCCACCGCUUACGAGAGUAUUAUUUGCGCACCGCUCGCCGUAUUUGCAUUUAUGUGUUUUGUUAAUAACGUCACACGGUUGUUUGUUUACGUUAGAGUUGUUGCCACAGUGGCGUAGUGUGAAUUUUUGCCGUUUAGGACAAACCCAAUGUUUGCUAUCUAAAGGGACCGUGCGAGACCAAAAAAACGAUAAAAAAAAUAAACUUUGGCAAAACAAAAAUAAGUCACACGAGCCCAUUUAGACAAUAGUACGAUCAACAAAAGUUUAAAGGUUGAAAAGUGCUGCCUGGGGCGGACUUACACCCCCCUCCUAUCUUUCAAACUACGCUACGCCACCGAGUUGCCAAUAUUAAAUUUUUUAAUAGGAUUAUUUAUAAAAUUAUAGUUUCCUGGCAUAAUGUACUAUAUAAUUUAUUUAAUGACAAAACAUAUGAAUUUCAAUAUUUUACUAAAAUAUUAUAUAUUUGGCGGUAGAUAAUUUGUAAAGGUAUCCCAUUAUUGUGAUAAGAUAUUGACACUAUAUAAUUCAUAAAGUCGCGUUUAUAAAACAUUUAUUUUCAAUUUGAGUGCCUGCUUACAGAGACAGUAAUGUCGCGUACACUGCAUGUUAUUUUAAUAUUGCACAUUUCACACACGUUUGUUUAUGUUGAGAAAAUAAAAAAAACUAUGGGUCAUUGCAUACAAUUGGUAUAAUAACUUCAUUAUAUGAACUCUAUAAUUUGAAAAUAAGAUAGAAAAUUGAAUGAAAACAUCCUUGAUUCAAAGAAAUAUCUCAUCUAAAUGAUAUUAGCUCGAUAAUUCGAAAUAUAAUGUUACACUAUGUAAAAUUAAGAAUGAGUCCUGUGACACCUGUCAAAGUGACGUGUCUGGGUUGGGAGCAUAUUAUAAAUACAUUAGUAUCGAUUAUUGUUACAAUUUGUAUCUGUAUCGAUUUUUAUGUUUGAGUUGAUAAUUAAGAGAACCUAACUAUUAAUAUUUCGAAGAAAUUAACCAGCAAGAAUAUGUUGUACAUUUUAAUUCGUUUAAAGGUGUUUUAAGGCUGAACACAUUUUUUAAAUAAGAUAAUUUUUUUAUUCGAUUUAUUUUGUGCGCUAAAUCGAUAACUUAUAAUAGGUGGUAAGGAGCGAUACUAAGAUUGCAGUUGCACAAAAGUAUGAUAUUUCUUCACGUACAUUGUACCAUAUAAAAAUCCAAUACUUUAUAGGCGUGAUUUUAAUGACAGCUCUCAUGAGGCUCAUCCUAAAUUUUACAAAGUAUAGUGCCGCAAUACGAAACUAUUUUAUAUUUUCUAAGCCAUAUUUCCAAUUAUCGAUUUCGUUAUCACUAAAUGCUAAUUAUUUUUCUUUUAUAACAAGUUAUUAUUGCCAUUCUUCCUGCUACGCCAUAUGUUUUCAAAAACUGUUAGUAAUGUAAAUAUUUAUUAUGCAAUUUACGGUUAAAAAUACGGCAUAUUAAGUUGUGAGGCACAGUUGAAUAUAUAGUUAAAAUGUGUGUUGUGGACAUAAAUAGUAACAUAACACAAUGUACACUGUACAGUAUGAUAAUUGAAUGUUUAGAAUUUGUAUUUAAAGCAGUCAUAGAUUGUGUAUGAGGUAGAUGAUCGCGAUAAUUGCACACCACUUGCAGUGAAUCGUUUACUUAUGUUUGUAAAACAAAUAGCAAAUAACUAUUCGGAUAUGAGAAUGAAGGAACAGAGAGUGCACCUGUGUAUUGCGCAUAUACUUGUGCACUAUAAUAUGUCCUGCAUACUUGGUUUAUAUCUCAAGAUUGGCAGUCCAGGCCGAAUUUCGGCUAGGAAGGAAUUAAUUAACAUAUUGCUAAACUUCAUAUAAAAUAACUAUUUUUGUAAAAAAUAGAAAUGAAACUGUUUCAGAUUAAAUUAAUUCAAAUAACGGUUGUGGUGUUAUCGCGAUCGCAUUAGUUUCGGAUAGUAAAUAAGAGACACAGCUUGAAGACUGAAGUUUAUUAUUAUUGAAUAAAUGUUUAUAUCUGAGGAAAUCAUUAUACUUUACUGUUGAGUUUGUGUCCAGACUUUAUCUGACGUCAUAAUUUGUUUUAUGUAAGUUAUGUAAACGCAUGUUAUGUAGGGAUAUUAUAAUUUAUUUCGUAAGUAGAGUGGCAGAGAUUAAGGUUUCCAAACAGGGGCGUAGCUACUGUCGUAUCAGCCGUAUCAAUGAUACAGGGCCUCCUAGCUUUAGGGGGCCUACAUUACACUAAGCGGGCGCCUAAGACGUAGCAUUGCCCCAAAGUUUGAUAUAGGGCCCCUCUUAUACAAGCUACGCCACUGGUUCCAAAUUUAAUUCCAAAAUAUCUUUUUAAAUAUCCCUACAUAUAAAUGUGUUGUACCUUAUGUUGAUUUUUAUUUUUUAAUAAAAAUUGUUUAAUUUAUAUUAGCGAGGUAUUGUUUUAACGCGACAAUUCACGUGCAAAGCUUGCGCUUCACGAAUUUAUGCACACAUGUUAAAUUAAAUUUAGGUAUGUGUGCCAUGUAGUGUAUGACAAGGUAAUAAAGCUGGAAUUUCUUUAGCGCGUUCGUAUGGUAUUAAAUAUGUACGGGAGUAUGUAUAGAGCGGUUGACGUGUUAUGAUAUUGUGACAAAUACAAUAUGUUUAACAAUUCAUGACUGAGGUUCAUUGAAAUGAUAUUUUUAUACCUAAAUAUCAUUUUAGUAACGUAAGUAGGAAAUUGUAUUAGGGUGUGUGUCCAACAGAAUCUUCGAGAGAAACAAAUAUCACAAACAAAUGUCAUAGGCGCUUAAGGUUAUAGCUUAAGGUCCAUUUUUCAUACAUUUUGUUUCACCUUUAAUCUGGGUAACUAAACAAGUAUUGACAAGUAAAGAAUUUAAAUUCACGUCUAGUUAGUGAUUAGUUCUCGCAGUUGAAAGAAAAACGUAAAAAUAAUUAAUAUGCAUGGAUAUUUCGGCCUUAAAAAUUUAAUAUGACGAAAUUUUAAAGGCCGAAAUAUAACCCUAACGGAACCGUGAUAGUAAAGUGUUAAGUCGAUAAUUAUCUAAAGCUGUAUACAACAUAUUCACAUGUUGUACGUGUGUAGUGUCUGUGAAUUAGCUCGUCGGUCAUGGCACAUUGUUCACGCAUCAGCGAAAUAAAAAAUACAGCGUGAUUUGUUUGCAUAUAUGUAUCUCUGAUUGCCUCGGUGAUGGCUACCGCGCUGAGGUCCUGGAUUCGAAUUCCGAGUCGGGCCGAAAAAAUAAUUGUGACUGGGUUUUUCUUAAAAAUCCAGUCGCAGCUCGAAGUCGGGAAUUUGGCAGUGUGAUACCCCUGUGCCUUGGGAAGCCGUUGGUUCUGCGUCUGAUAUCUAUCCGGUCAUGUCGGAAUGCUGUCUCACGGGACUGUCAGUGAAGAAACGGACUGCACUUGUGUAUUGUGCACACUUGUGCACUAUAAUAACUCCUACGUACCUGGCUGAUCUCCGCUGAGAUUGGCCGCCGUGGUUGAAAUUAGGUUACUAAGGAUUCAUUCAUCAGUCUCUACUAUUAUACUAACAUUAUUAUUAUUAAAAUACUAUGUAAAAUCGUAUUGUCAGUACUACGAACAUUGAACCAGCCAGCUUUAGGUAACCGAACUAUAAUAGAAAAUGUUCACCGUUAAAAGUUUAGCUACACAUAUUUUUAGUGGAAACGCACCCUAUCCACAAUUAAUGCUUUAAGCAUCUACAUGUCGUAGGACAUAUCAUACAAAUAUCAUAUAUUAUAAUAUUCAAUUAAAGGACGUGUAUUAGGGUCAACAAUUUAUAUGAUCUAAAAAUAACAGGUCUUGAAAGUUGUUUAAGUAAAUGACUGCAAUGGAACGAAAGUAUUUAUCAUUUAAUAACUCAUUUGAGUAAUAUAUUUGAAAUUCGACUUACUACGAGGUGAUACUUUGUAAUGUGUUUUGUUUGUUUGAACGCGUCGAAUUGAAAAAAUAUUUUAGUCUUGGAUAGCCUAUUUAUCGAGGAAGACUAUAGGCUAUAUAACAUCGCGCUAUGACCAAUAGGAGCGGAGUAUCAACGAAAAAUGUUGCACAAAUGGGGGAAAAAUUAUUAUUCCGUCUGAGAGCUUUAUUAAAUUAAAUUUGGUAUGGAGAUAGUUUGAAAACCUGAGUAAGACAUAGGCUACUUUCUAUCCCGGGAAAAUAUAUAGCGGGACUUUUAUCCUGGAAAACUUUCACGUGAGUAAAAGCAAGUAGUUAUAUAAAUUCCAAACUUAAACUAUAUUAAUAAUUUUUACAUAAUAGCUAUCUCCUGUGGAGAACUUGCAAAAUGGAUAUUAUUGUAAUUUCUUACAAGUAUUUUGUCGUGUAGCCAAGCAUUUCUCUUCUUUUUUCUGACAUGUAGCUAUUAUGACACUUUAGAUUCACAUGAGUUAUUUCUUUAGAAAAUAUUUUGUCUUGUUUUUUUAAGUCUGGUAGUCAGUGUAAAUGAAAGUUCCUAAACGUAAAGCGCAAAGUGAUUUCAGCUUUAGAUAACGUUUCUAUGUGCAAUUUAUGUGUGUAAAGAACUCCUGUGUGAUACUUACACGGACCAAUGGAAUAAAACUAUUGAUUCACAA